AUGAUCAACAGCUACGGCGGACUCGUACUCGGCAUCACAGCCCUCGACAGGCUUCUCCUCGGUUCCAAAUUCUUCAUUAUGGAAAUCAGUGCCAUGCACUGGGUCACUUGUCUCCGUGACACCGCUUUCAGCUGUGUUCUCAGCCAGGACAAGAGCUGGUUUGACCAUCCUGAGAAUGGUGCAGCCAAGCUUACCCAAAUCGUUGCUGUUGGCGUGAUGAUGACUGUUGGACUUGUCUGGGCUAUGGCUUGGGGGUGGCAGUUGAUGCUUACGGGUUUGAUGGCCAAGUGCGAGGUGCACAAUAAGAGGGCUCGUGAGGAGGUUGCGAGGGUGUACUACAAGUCAAUUCUCAAUGUCCAUGGUAUUCGUGCUAUGUCUCUUGAACCUGUUCUUCAGGCUUAA